AUGGUAGAAUCGGCAAAGCUAAAAAGAGAUUCGUGGCCAGUUCACUCAACACCAUGCCCACCUUCUUGGCCACAUUAUCAAAAGGGUUGGAUACCCGAGCAUCCGAAGGUUCAGUUAGUGCACCAACCAAGCUACGUUCAUAAACCGGCAGUCACCGUCGUUAAGCCACAUGCGCCCUCUUACCAUAAUAGCUGGCAUUCUCCGGACCCUUGGCAACAAAACAUUGGUUGGAAUAAAUAUGGCUGGAACAAACCAUCUUAUGGAUGGCCCAUGUCUUCGGGUUGGCAAUCUCCUGGCUGGCAACCCAAAGUUGUGGUCCAAAAGCCAGUCUACUCCUAUGCACCACAAUAUCAUAAACCCGCUUAUCAUGUACCCAGCUAUCAUCACCCUAUAUUCAAGCCAGCCGUUGUAGUAAAACCUGAUUGUCCACCUUACCAACACCAUAAUCCCCAUCACACAGGAAUCAUUUAUGCUCCUCAACAUCAGCAUCAUCAGCCGCAAAUCGUAAAAGUGGUAAAGCCAGAUUAUCAUCACCCAGCACCAGUUUAUCAUCACCCAACACCAGUUUAUCAUCAACCAGCACCGGUGUAUCAUCGCCCAGCACCGGCUUAUCAUCACCCCGCGCCUGUAUAUAAUCAUCACAGUGUACCUUCGUAUCACCCAGUACAUGUACCAAAAGUUGAGAUUUGCGACAAGUAA